GGAAGGAAGUGGUUUUGUUUUAGCUGCAGACAGAGACAGCGAGUUUGUCUUUAAACAUGUCUAAAGUGGAACUGUUGAGAUCGUUGGUGUGUGAGCGUCUAACUGCUGCUGCUGAAGAAAUAUUUGGACUGGUGGAAAGAACCAUAGCAGAGUAUGAAGAGGAACUUUGUCGGUCAAAUCAGGAGAACGAGCGACAGCGGAAACUACUGGACGCUGUUUUAAAACCUCAAGUUCGGGUGCACAGAGCAGUUGUAUCUGCAGACGUUCAGCAGGACCCAGAGUCACCACACAUUAAAGAAGAUCAGACGCAACUCUGCAGCAGAUGGGAGGGAGAGCAGCUUCAUGGACCUGUCCCUGUGAAGAGUAAAGAUGAUGAAGAAGAAGCUCAAUCCUCACAGCUUCAUCAAAGAGAAAUUGAUGAGAAUGGAGAAGAGGCAGAGGUUUCAGCCUGUAGCUCAGCUCAACAGAUGGAAACAGAGAGUGAUGGGGAGAACUGUGGAGGACCAGAUGCAACCAGGAGCUUAGAUCCAGAUGGUUCUUUACAACCAGCUAAUGAUGAUGAGACUCCAGACUCUUCCAAACAAGCCGACACUGUGAAAUUAAAGGAGGCCCAGACAGGUGUAUCUGUCAAUCAACAAGCUGUAAAUGUCAGAACUUAUGACUCUUUUGAGCCUGAGGCUGAAAACAGUGCUGAUGACUUGAAGAAAACAAGGAAACUUCAGUCAGAGUUGAGAAAACUGACAAACAAGGGCAUUCCUGCAGGGGGUAGAGAAUGUAACACUGGCAAGAAGUCUCUCAGCUGCUCUGAGUGUGGUAAAACAUUUGAACCCAAGACCUGCGGUCCUCCAGGAGUGAAACCAUUUGUUUGCUCAGUUUGUGUCCAAAGAUCCACACAGAGUGCACAUUUCAUCACACAGAAGAGAACUCAUUCAAGGGAAAAAACCUUUAAAUGUUCGGUCUGUAACAAACAAUUUAGCUAUAAGUGUGAUGCUGUGAGACAUAUCAGGAUUCACACAGGAGAGAAACCCUUUAGCUGCUCAGUCUGUGAUAAAAGAUUCACACAGAGCACAGGUUUGGACACACACAUGAGAAUCCACACAGGAGAGAAGCCAUUCAGCUGCUCACUCUGUCCCAAACGCUUCACCCGGAGUGGUAUCCUGGCCAGACACAUGAGAGUUCAUACAGGAGAAAAACCAUACUGCUGCUCAGUGUGUAAUACAAGUUUUAGUCUGAGUCAGUCCUUGUUAAAACACAUGAGGAUCCAUACAGGAGAGAAACCAUUCAGCUGCUCAGUUUGUGAUAAAACAUUUACACAAAAAGGACAUCUGACACAACACAUGACAAUCCACACAGGGGAGAAAUCAUUCAGUUGCUGUGUUUGUGGUAGAAAAUUCACCAGACAGUCGCGUGUGAAAAAUCACAAAUGUGUCACAAAGAGCUACAGCAGUAAAUAAGACUGCGACUGGCCUACUAUCUGCCCAAAAUGGGUUUAGUCAUUGACAGGGCUCGGUACUCAAUAUCUUUUAGGUAUCACCUGAAAUAACCCGGUACCAAAUAGCAUGAAAACAUCUCCUUUACGCCCUGGAAGUCGCGACAUCCCGCCUCCUCGCCAGAUCUGCAGACUUUGUGUUGUAGAGCUCUAUAGAGCCUCUAUCCCUCCGGUGAAUGGUCAGUUUAAUGUCUGUCUAGUAGACACGUGCUACAUAGCUGCAGCUAAUAUCUAACACCAUGCAAACUGUUGAGUAAUAAUAUUAGCCAUGUGAUGCUAGCCCUGUGUGUACAGCUAGGUGGACUUUAAUAACUUUACCUUGCACAGAGCUCACCCUGAGUUUAGCAUAGAUGUGCUGUAUGUGGGAGCUAGAUCAAAUGAAUGACGCAUAAUUGGUAUGUUACAAUUUCAACACAAGUAGCCCAAUAGUCAUACUGGUUCAAAUAAACCAUUUUCCCAGUUUGUUGAGCAAGACUUUUGUGUUAAAGGAAUCAAAGGCCUGUCCCAUACAGACACCUGUCCCAAAUAUACACUGGUUGAGUUCAGUGAUCAAAGCAAAAAAUAGCCCGGGCUAUUAGUUGAAGUUUUAUGGGAAACUACACGCCACUCUGUUCACAUUAAUGGGUAUCACACGAUGUACUCUACUGAUAUUGAUAUUACUUUAAAGGUACUGGUAUUAGUACUGAUAAUAUAGCCAGUCAUAGUGGUUGAGGUAGAAACAACGUGAAUGUAUUUGAAAUACGUCCUUACACACUGUUUGUGCUACCAGGGCAAAGGGCAGGAAAGUAGCCUAGUAAAUGACUGAUGGGGUCUAUCUGACUGAAAUGGGGCAUUUAUGAUAACAGAAGCUGAUUAUCAGUGUGUGGAUUAUUUUUCCAA